AGAUUCUAAGGCAUCAGAAGAACCUGAAGGAACCUUUGCCAAGAUAAUCCAAGCCAACAAAGAAAAUGCCAUGGAUGUACAUCAAGGUGACUUGUUAAAAACAACUGGACGCAGCGCUACGUCCUGCACAGGGUGCUUGUGGCCCAAAUCUGCCAAUGGAACGGUUAUUGUGCCUUAUUCUUUUUCUUCAAAUUAUAGUAGUUUGAACCUUGCCUUGUUUAAGACGUCGAUGGAGGAUUUCGAAACCCUUACUUGUAUUAGGUUUGUGCCUCGGACAACGGAGAAGGACUACAUCAGUAUUGUGUCUUCACAGGGGUGUGUAUCAUAUUUGGGAAGAAUAGGUGGAGUUCAGAUGGUUGGACUAGAUAUCAAUGGUUGUAUGUUCAGAGGAACUAUACAACAUGAGCUAAACCAUGCCCUGGGGUUCUACCAUGAGCAUACAAGGAGUGACCGUGAUGACCAUGUCACCAUCAUGUAUCAAAAUAUAGCACCAGCUUACACUGAAAGUUUUGACAAGCAAAACGCUAACAAUCUUGGUCUGGAGUACGAUUUUGGAUCAGUGAUGCAUUACAACAGGUUUGCAUUCAGUAACACCUCAGGACAACCAACUAUUGUUACCAAACCUGACCCAAACAUCCCAAUUGGACAAAGAGAUGGACUGAGUGUUCUAGAUGUCUCUAAAAUCAACCGGUUGUAUCAAUGCAAUGUCUGUGCUUAUUUGCUUAAUGAGAAGAAUGGAAGUCUAACCUCUGCCAACUACCCAUCAGCCUACCCUAAUAAUGCCAGCUGUGUUUGGCGGAUCAAAACAUCAUUAGAUCAGGUUACAUUGAACUUCCUUGCCUUUGAUGUCCAGUCAUCUCCCAAUUGUAUAUCGGACUAUAUUAGGAUUUAUGAUGGUCCCACUAAGAGAGAUACCCUGUUGUUGGACAGAACUUGUGGCACUGGCUUGAUCCCUCCAAUUAUUGCAUCUACUAACCAGUUAUUGGUUGAGUUUUCCACUGACAGCAGUGUUACUGGGGUAGGCUUUACAGCCUUAUACAGCUCAGUGCAAUGUGGAGGAACAUUCUAUACUCCUGAAAGAAACGUUACAUCCCCCGGGUACCCCUAUUACUAUCGUCCAAACAUGAAUUGCAACUACACCAUUACAGCUCCUGUAGGAAAGACGAUUUCCUUCACGGUUACUGAUUUUCUGACAGAGAGUAGUCAGUUCUGCCUACAUGACUAUUUAGAGAUCCUGGAUGGGUCCACCUUUAAAGGUCGAUUCUGUGGGAACAAUACAAUCCCCUCUUUUACUUCGCAAGGCAAUACACUGUGGCUGAGAUUUGUUAGUAAUGGCAGAGUUCAGUCUAGAGGCUUCAAGGCAUCAUAUAAAUUUGUGUAACUGAAGAUGAUCAGGCCCCAGAUUAUAGUGCAGUUCUACCAGUUCUCUCUAC